AGGAACACACUGCCCGUAAUAGUCUCCUUCCAAAUCUUAGAGUAGUAUCCCGUCACGGGUGACGCUUGUCCAAACCUGCUCCCUUCACCUCUAUAUAUACUCACAUCUAAAGCAGCUUCUAACCCACACCUACUAUCAAAUAUUUUCCUUCGUUCCUACUUUCGAGAGAACAUACGGAGAGAAUGGCAGGAGGUCAGGAAUUGAAGUUGUUGGGGUUGUGGGCGAGCCCAUUUGUGUUGAGGGCAGGAAUUGCUCUAAACCUCAAGGGGGUGGGCUACGAGUUCUUGGAGGAGGUGCCGGGGACUAAGAGCGAGCUCCUCCUUAGGUCCAACCCUGUCUACAAGAAGAUGCCUGUCCUCAUCCACAACGGCAAGCCCAUCUGCGAGUCCAUGAUCAUCGUUCAGUAUAUCGACGAGGUCUGGGCCGCAGCGGGACCUUCCAUCCUGCCCUCUGAUCCCUAUGACCGUGCCAUUGCUCGCUUUUGGGCCGUCUACAUAGAUGACAAGUGGUUCCCUGCUCUGAUGAAAAUCAUAGCAGCAAAGGCUGAUGACGAAGAGACGGCCGAAGCAAGAGAGCAAGUGAUUGCGGGACUCCAGUUGUUGGAAGAGGCUUUCGAGAAAUGCUCCAAAGGCAAGGACUUCUUUGGCGGGGAAAGUGUUGGCUACAUUGAUAUUGCGUUUGGGUGCUACUGUGGGUGGCUCAAGGCAGCGGAAAAGAUGGCCGGCAUCAAACUACUAGACAAGGAAAAGACACCUCUCUUGAUGGGAUGGGCAGCACGUUUCUGUUCGGCCGAUGCCGUGAAGGAGUUGAUGCCGGAGGUCGACAAGCUGGUCGAGGUCGGCAACAUGCUUCGGGCCAGGCAGAAUGCUGCUGCCACCAACUGAAAGCCUUCGACUUCAGGAAGGCGGUUUUGGUGGCAUAAACGCUUCUAAUUCGGAUAAAUAUUUGUGGGGAUGAUAGGGAAAAAGAGGAAUAAUAAGACGAACCAGAGUGUUGCGUCUGAAAUGUCUUUCUUGAGAAUGUAGUGUAAAAUGUCUUAUGGUUUGUUAGAGUCGAGGGCUUUGCUAGCUUUGUUGGCAGCAUUUGAAAUUGGUGGUUUUAUACAUGAGAUUUCCUUUCUGUUCUA